AUGUUUAUAAAAAUAUCUGGACUUCAACGACAGGUUUUAGCAUCACUAUGUUGUUACAUAGGACAGUUGGUUGUUGGAUUUACUCUAGCUUGGACGGGACCUAUAAUUCCGAAACUUCAGGAUCCAACUGAGACGCCGCUAUCAGUUCAGCUAUCAGACACACAGUUAUCAUUAGUUGCAUCAGUUAUCUAUGUAGGAGGGAUACCAGGUCCAUACAUAACGGGAUGGUUAUCAAACGUUAAAGGAAGAAAACCUUGCAUGAUAAUUGCAGGAGUUGUAUUAACAACAUCGUACCUUAUAUUAGCAAUUUCAAAUAAUCUGGCAAUGAUAUACUGUGGCAGAUUAUUAACUGGUUUUGGGAUGGGAUGUGUGGGUGUAAUGAACUUGGUGUACAUAGGAGAAAUUGCGUCAACAAACAUCAGAGGUAUACUUUUAACAAUCAUAGGUAUAUUUCAUACAGCCGGAUCAAUCGUGGUAUAUGCCAGUGGACUGUUCCUUUCCUACGUAGGUGUUACAUCAGUAGGAUUUGUUUUAUCAUUCAUCUUUACAAUAUUUGCGUUGUUUCUACCAGAAUCUCCUAUGUUCUAUAUAUUAAAAGGCGAAGAUGGUUCGGUAAGAAAAGUGUUAGAAGAUUUAGGAAGAUCUAAUGAUAUAGAUGAAAUGAUUGUAUCAAAAAAAGAAUAUAUAAGUUCAACAGCUAAAAAGGAUUGGAAAGAGCUAUUUACAGAUGCUAACAACAGAAAAGCUCUAACCAUUCUUAUUGUUGGAAAUAUAUUUAUGCAAUGUAGUGGGAUUAUUGCUAUAGUGGUUUUUUCUGGGACUAUAUUUAGUAUGGCUGGAAGUACACUUAAUUCUAAUGUAGCGAUGAUCAUAAUUUGCAGUUGCGAGCUGACUGGUAGCAUGCUUGUGCCAUUUAUGAUCGAGAAGUGCGGGAGAAAGAUUUUGAUGAAGAUUUCAUGUAUUUUAUGCUCUUUGUCUAUGUUAAUUAUGGGUUUAUAUUUCUUUUUUGAUUUUAAACAAUAUUAUGUGGUUAACAACAUCAGAUGGCUACCAACCGUUAUACUUAUUGUAUUUUUCUUUGUCUAUGAUUUAGGUUUAGGCGUCAUUCCAGGCACGUUGAUUGGAGAAAUGUUCAAAACAAAUGUAAGGAGUAAAGGCUCCGCUGUGACUAUUACAAGUUCCUGGAUAUUUGGGUUUUUGGUCACCACCGCGUUUGGAUCAUUGAUAGAUAUUGUUGGUGCUCAUGUACUGUUUUGGUUUUUCUCAUUGUAUUUAGGACAAGCGGUCUUAGGCUAUUCACUAAGUUGGUCGGGGCCUAUUAUUCCAAAACUGCAGAACCUCGAAGAAUCACCACUACCAUAUUUGUUAACUGAGACACAAAUAUCUUUAGUAGGAUCCUUAGUGUACCUAGGGUCUAUACCAGGACCAUUUUUAAUUGGAUGGUUAGCAAAUUAUAAGGGUCGGAAACCAUGUUUAAUUUUGGGAGGAAUUGGAGCCAUAACUGCAUAUGUUAUAUUAUCUACAACGAGAAGCUUAGCAUUGUUAUAUUUUGGAAAGAUCCUCAAUAGCUUUGCCGGAGGGAUGAUAAGUGUUAAUAAUGUUGUGUAUAUCGGCGAAAUGGCAUCCACAAAUAUCAGAGGCAUCCUGCUGUCAGCACUCGGAAUGUUCACAACAUUUGGGUCAAUAAUACUGUUUUCUGUUGGUCCAUUUUUUUCAUAUCAAACAUCGACUUACGUUGGUUUAGGCAUGUCUGUUUUAUUUACAGUAACAGUUUUAAUAGUACCAGAAUCACCAAUGUUUUUCGUUUUGAAAGAUAAAGAAGAAGAACUUAUCAAAGUUUUAGGAAAACUUGGAAGGAUAGAAGAUAAAGAAAAAUUAUAUGAAACAAAACAGCAAUAUAAAUCAACAACCGGAAAAAUGGAUUGGAUAGAACUUUUAACACUCAGAACAAAUAGAAAUGCUUUGUUCAUAGCCAUCAUUGCAAAUAUUUUCCAGCAAAUAAGUGGAGUUAUGGCAGUUGUAUUUUUUUCUGCAUCUAUAUUUGAAAUGUCCGAGUCAUCGAUAAGUUCAUCUACUUCUAUGCUAAUUAUUUCAUGUCUUCAAUUUUUUGGAGGCUUCUUAUCACCGAUGCUGAUUGAAAGAAGUGGUAGAAAAAUACUAAUGUUAUUAUCAACCGCCAUAUGUUCUUUAAGUAUGUUGACAAUGGGCACGUACUUAUAUCUAUAUUAUUUGAAUCCGACCAUAACUAAAAGCGUGAAGUGGUUACCAUUAGUAGCAUUGAGUCUGUUUUUCAUUGGGUAUGACAUUGGAUUGGGUAUUAUACCAAAUUGCUUGAUCGGAGAAAUGUUUACAAUAAAUGUUAGGAGCAAAGCGUCUGCUGUGGUUCUGACUUUUUCUUGGAUGUCUGGAUUUUUAUUAACCACUGCGUUCGGAUUCGUCGUCAAAAAUCUUGGAUCUUACGUGCCAUUUUUGUUUUUUGCAUUUACUUGCGGCGCCGCAUUUUUAUUUACAAUAUUUUAUAUUCCAGAAACGAGAUGUAAAUCUUUGUUAGAGAUACAAAAACUGUUAGCCGAA